AUGGAGGCGGCGGUGGCGGGGGGCGUUGUGAAGGAGGAGGAGCUGCUGCUGCACGAGGAGCAGCCGCCGGCGGGGCCGCAGCAGCAGGACGGGGCGCUGCCGCGGCCGAUGGAGGGGCUGCACGAGGCCGGGCCGCCGCCGUUCCUCACCAAGACGUACGACCUGGUGGAGGACCCGGCCACGGACCAGGUCGUGUCAUGGGGCCGCGCCGGCAACACCUUCGUCGUCUGGGACCCGCACGUCUUCGCCGAGGCACUGCUCCCGCGCCUCUUCAAGCACUCCAACUUCUCCAGCUUCGUCCGCCAGCUCAACACCUAUGGAUUCAGAAAGGUUGAUCCUGACAGAUGGGAGUUUGCAAAUGAAGGUUUCCUUAGGGGUCAGAGGCAUCUUCUCAAGAUGAUCAAGAGAAGGAAGCCGCCAUCCAACGCGCCCUCAUCGCAGCAGCAGGCCCUCACAUCUUGCCUGGAGGUUGGCGAGUUUGGAUUUGAGGAAGAGAUUGACAGGCUCAAGCGCGACAAGAACCUCUUGAUCACAGAGGUAGUGAAGCUAAGGCAGGAGCAGCAAGCUACUAAGGAUAACGUGCAAGCCAUGGAAGGCAGGCUACGAGCUGCUGAACAGAGACAGGCCCAGAUGAUGGGGUUCUUGGCAAGAGCAAUGCGUAACCCACACUUCUUCCAACAAUUAGUCCAGAAGCAAGAUAAGAGGAAGGAGCUUGAGGAUGCCAUCUCGAAGAAAAGAAGGCGGCCUAUAGACAAUGCUCCAUUUUAUGGUCCCGCGGCGACAACAAGUCAGAGCGAGCAACUUGAUUCACAGUUCCUGUUUGAUUCUGGUGUCCUCAGUGAACCUGGAAUGAAUGGGAUGGAGAAUUUAGCGCAGAACAUUCAGGAGCUUGGGCAGGGCAAAACAGACGAGGAGAAGAAGGAUGAAGCUAAUGGGCAGUUGGAUAUCAACAACGAUUUCUGGGCAGAGCUAUUUUCUGAUGAUUUUGGAGACGGAGACGGGUCUGGGCUGUCAGAGUUGGAGGGAAGGAGACCUGAAGAUAUCGACGAACUGGCACAGCAGUUGGGGUAUCUGAGUUCUACUAGCCCGCAGUAG